AUGUCUUCACCUUAUCUGCUCCUUGCCGUCGCCUUGACUGGUGUGGCCUCACAUCUAUUCUUCUUUAAAAUCGGUGAACGCCAUCUCUAUCCAUUACGCUAUGUUCAAGCCUUUUUGUUGGGGUGUACUAUUACCAUCGUCGCCAAAUCUCACUAUGGCCGCACACCCACCAGGGACGCCAUGGCUUUCACAGCCAAAUAUGCCACCCUGUACCUUGCGGGACUCUACACCAGCCUCAUCAUUUACCGACUCUUUUUCAACCCGCUGAACCAAAUUCCUGGACCGUUCUGGAUGCGCCUGUCAAGGUUCGACUUUGUCCUGCGCGUCGCUGCGAAGAUGAACAGUCACCAUACCCUUCUCGCGUUGCACCAGAAAUAUGGGCCCUUUGUACGCAUUGGACCCAACGAUAUCUCGGUCACGCACCCGGACGGUGUCGAAGUCAUUUCGGGCAUCAAGUCCAAAUGUUCCAAGGCCCAAUGGUACUCACAGGAUGUGCCGCUGAUUUCAAUGCACACGUGUCGAGAUCGUGCGCAACAUGAUCGUCGAAGAAGGAUCUGGAGCCCAGCAUUCAGUGACAAGGCCCUGCGUGGCUAUGAGUCUCGUGUCCGACGGUAUAACGAGUUGUUGAUUGAGAAGUUGGAUGAGUCCAAUGGCCAACCCCUCGACAUGUCCAAAUGGUUCAAUCUGUACUCCUUCGACGUGAUGGGUGACCUCGGCUUCGGCACAUCCUUCCACAUGCUCGAAUCCGGCGAACUGCACUGGGCCAUUCGCCUGCUCAAUUUAGGCAUGGACCCCAUGGGCUUCUGCUUACCUCCCUGGGUUUUCCGCCUCAUGACAGCCAUUCCUGGCCUGGCUGCAGGAUACUGGAAAUUCAUCGGGUAUUGUUCCGAUCAACUCGAUGCCCGUAUGAAAGUCCAGGUUCAGCACAAAGCAAACACCGAUCAGGACCGAGAUAUCACAUAUACGCUGAUUGAACAUUACAACGCAUCGACGCCGGAAGCGCAAAAUACUCAGCUCCCCAUGUUACAAGGCGAUAGUCGACUGAUUAUCGUGGCGGGGAGCGAUACGACGGCCGCGACGCUGGUGCAUUUGUUCUACCAUCUCGCGACGGAGAAGGGAUUGAUGGGGCGUCUGAGAGAGGAACUGGACAUGUUGCUAAAGGACAGCAAUGAUGGCGAGAUUGAGCAUCAGAAAAUCCAGGACGCACUGCUGUUGAAUGGUGUUAUCAACGAGACGUUGCGUCUUCAUCCGCCGGUUCCCAGUGGGGUGUUUAGAAAGACGCCGCCUGAGGGUGUCGAGAUCGCGGGCACCUAUAUACCAGGAUUUACGGUCAUUCAGAUGCCGCAGUAUGUGAUGGCGAGAGAUCCCACAAUCUACGCCGACCCCCAGACCUUCAUCCCUGAACGCUUCGGCUCUCGCUCCUCCGAACUCAUGUUCCACCGCGACGCGUUUGCGCCUUUCUCCACCGGCCCAUACGCCUGUAUUGGCAAGAACUUGGCGUACAUGGAAAUCCGACUCCUCACGGCUCAGUUGGUGAGACGGUUCGAUGUGAGUCUUGCGCCAGGGGAGACAGGCCAAAAAUUGUUAGGAGAGAGUAAGGAUCAUUUCACGAUGGGGUUGGGGGAGUGUUUUAUGACUUUCACCCGCCGGGAGGCUGGCAAGGAGCAGGUCAGGGCAUGA